AUGGCAGCCACCGACCCCGUCCCGAUCAUCAAGGUGUUAUUCACACUGCAUGCUGGCAUGGACGCCAUGGACUUCAUCGGCCCUCUCGAAGUCUUGACCCAGGCCAGGCACAGUCCCAAUGAUGAGAAAGCUAACGCUACCGACCCUACCCCUACAGCCACCAAAGCUUUCUCGGCCACCUUCGUCGCCGCCGACGAGCUCACCGUCUCCGCCCAGGGCGUCUCCUUUCAAGCCCACAUGGGCUUCAAGGAAGCCUACGGCCGCCUCUCCGAAUUCGACAUCCUCGUCGUCCCCGGCGGCUCCGUCGAUUCGCUCCUGAAAUCCAAGUCCGAACCCAUCGGCCUCAUCAAAGCCUUCGCCGACCUCCAGAAGAAGCACCCCGAGAAGGAGCGUACCGUCUUCUCCGUCUGUACGGGCUCCCUGCUGCUCGCCCAAGCUGGCAUCCUCUCCGGUCUCUCGGCCACCACACACCCCGACUCCUACGCCAAGUUCGAGAAGAUCUGCUCCGAGAUCUCGCAGCGCGAUCUGGCCGAGCGAUGCGAUGUUGUCGAGGAACGAUAUGUGGUCAACAACCUCCGCUUUGAUAUUGGUGACGAGAACGAGAACCCAUAUAUCCGUCGCAAGUCCGACGCUCGCCGAACCUCCGUAGGCCGCAAGGGCAGCAAUGCGUGGAAGGAGAGCAACGCCCGCCGCGAGAGCAACGCGCGUCGUGCUGCGCUCCGCCUGGGUGGGUUGCGCGUCCUGACAUCGGGUGGCAUCACAACUGGUUUGGAUGCAAGCCUGUAUCUGGUGAGUAUUAUGGUGAGCGAAGAGGCGGCAACGGAGGUUGAGCGUAUCAUGCAGUAUGAAUGGAAGAAGGGCAUUGUGGUUGAUGGAAUUGAUAUCUAA